ACGUGGAGGGAGCGAGUGGCGGAUGUGUAUUUGAGGAGACUGGCGUGGCUGUUGUUUUGGAAAAGACUUUUGACUUGCUCACCCCUCUCGGUAGCUUUUCCUCGCUUCGCAGGAAGGAAUAGAAGGCCCAGCAUCGGCAUGGAUUUACAGUGAACAGGACAAGAGUUGUCCCCUUCCCUAGCCACCUGCCUUUCCCUCACUCUCUCUCUCUCUUCGGUUGCAGGCAGCAAGGAGGAGGGAGCUCUCGCAGCAUUUCAGAGCCACGGCACUGCCAGCGCUGGGAAGGGUUGCAAGGACAGUUUUCUCCAAGGUUGGUCUCUGCGGCGGACGCAGUCCUCGGCCCGAUGCCACCAGGUCUGGAGGACUGACGGACACGCCAGCCGGCGCCCCCUCCGGCUCCCGCCAUGGGGCCCUCCGGGAGCCUGCUGGGCGGACACCUGCAGAUUGCCCUGUGGGGGAGCUUGGCAGCUGCCGCCACGGUCUUCCUCAUCACCUUCCUCAUCUUCCUGUGCUCCAGCUGUGACAGAGAAAAGAAGCCGAGACAGUACAGCGGAGACCAUGAGAACCUGAUGAACGUGCCUUCGGACAAGGAGGUGUUCAGCCGCUCGGUGACCAGCCUGGCCACGGACGCGCCCCUCAGCAGCGACCAGAACGGCGCACUCACCAACGGGGACAUCGCCUCGGAAGGCAGUGCCGGGACCUGCGCGCAGCAUUACGAGGAGGUGCUGGCCGCCGCCUCCGACCCGCCGGACACCGUGCAGGCCAGGGAGGGACGAGCGCUGUUUUGGUGGAAGCUGUGUCGGACCUUUUCCCUCCAAUCCUCAAAGCAAGGAGCAGGCACAGGAGACAACUCAUGGCACCACUGGUUGUGUCCGACUAACUUUAUACUGUUUGCGCCCCAGGCCCCGGGCAGAGCCGACUUCGCGGAGUACGCCUCGGUGGACAGGAACAAAAAGUGUCGGCAGAGCAUGAACGUAGACAGUGUGCUGGGCCCUGCCCGGGACGCAGAGGAGGAGGCCCCACCGCCGGUGCCCGUGAAACUUCUGGACGAGAACGAGAACCUGCAGGCGCAGGACAGGAGCGCCUCCGAGGGGACCCAAGAGACCAACAAGAGGUUCAGUGCCCUGUCGUACAAGUCCCGCGAGGAAGACCCGACGCUCACAGACGAGGAGAUCUCAGCCAUGUACUCAUCUGUCAAUAAACCUGGGCAGUCGCUCAAAGUGCCCGAGUCCAGCGACACCUGCAGCCCGGGAGCUGCCCGGAGGUCCCUGUCAUCCUGCAAUGACCUCUACGCGACCGUCAAAGACUUCGAGCAGCCUCCCAGCAGUGCGGGCACACUGGCCCCGGCAGCGAGGCCCCGGGAGCCCGAGCCCGACUACGAGGCCAUCCAGGCUCUGAGCAGAGAGGACGAGAAGGCCACCCUGGAGCCCAGCGGCCUGCGCGGCCCCUUCCCAAAGGAGAACGACUACGAGAGCAUCGGGGACUUGCAGCAGUGCCGGGAGGUCACCAGGCUCUAACAGCCCCGGCAGCGGUCAAUCGGGGACAGGAGACCAGGGCGCUGUCCCUCUGCGUCACGUGCUGCUUCCUUGGCCGAGGGCAUGAAGACUCCAGGACGGAACAGGAAGGCCACACCUGGCUGCCAGUGCACCCUGUCUGCCAGGCACGGCCACACCCGGCACAAGUCCCCGUGUUCCCACACCCUCGGACGGGUCCCAGCGUUGGGAUAUGCCGUUCGAAAGAGCCAGGUUCCCUUCUUCCUGCUCUUGGGGCAUCUGCUCUGGUCCCUUUGAAAUCGCCCCAUUUCUACUGGCUCCUUCCAAGGAAAUCGCCCACAGGGCUGGGCCUUUGCCUUCAGCGUCGGUGUUUUCAGAUGGUGUUUUCAGAUCUGUGGUUGCCGCUCCCGACGGAUCACCAGCGUCUUCUGGGGACGCCCUUGAGGGCCUUGGGUCUCCGUGCCUUCUGAUCCGGGCACUCCACGUCAGCAGCUUCUCCCAAAGGACUUGAAGUCACUUUUAGAUGCUUUAUUUUAUUUUUCUAGCCAAAAUGCCCCCCCCACCCCCCCA